AUGCAAGAAUAUUUGUACACUUGCUUGGAUCCAAUCACGGGUUUUCUUCAAUCAUUUUCCUUCAUAAAAUCCGGCUUUUCCAGCUGCGUAUUUCAUUGCAUCUCCCUUCUUUUUUUCUUUUUUUUCUUUAAUCAUUCUUCCAUUUUUUUUCAUUUUCCUUCAUUCUAUCUUCAUUCAUUUUCCUUCAUUCUAUCUUCAUUCAUUUUCCUUCAUUCUAUCUUCAUUCAUUUUCCUUCAUUCUAUCUUCGUCUUCAUUCUUCCGUUCUCUUUCAGCCCAUAUUCAUUCAUUCCUCCAUUUUCCUUCUUUCAUUUUCUUUCCCAUCGACAUCCCAAUUUCAUUUAUUUCACACAUUGCCGACCUUCAUUCAUCUAUUUUCCUUCACUGCCAUUUUCUUAUUAGUUUCAUUCAUUCUCUCUCGUCAUUGCAUCCUACCAUCAACUCUUUCAUCCCUUCUCAGUCAAGCAACCAUUAUAAAACCACUCAUUCCUCUGAGGCAUAGACGUUCUUACGGUAAACGCCUCCACUAUACCGGUCCCCACCCCUAA